AUGCCUUCAGAUGCUAGAAAGCGUCGCGAUGCAGCGAAAAAGCAAGCUGCAAAGAUUGCAUCUGUGAAUGAUGUCGUAGAUAUUGCUGCUGCCAUGCUUGAAGAAAUGGAAUUGGAAAACGCGAAGGCGAGAUCAGUUUCUGGAGCACUAACCUCCCAUCCAUUAUCAAUGGAUAUAAAAAUAGAAAGCCUGACCGUAACGUUUCAUGGGCGCGAGAUCGUUACUGAUACAAAACUUGAAUUGAAUAUGGGACGUCGUUAUGGGUUGAUUGGCUUGAAUGGAAGCGGGAAGUCUACUUUAAUGCAAGCAAUUUUUCGCCGAGAAAUGCCGAUACCAAAUCAUAUGGAUAUGUUUUUGGUAUCCCGUGAAAUGGCUGCUUGCAAUGAUAGUGCCUUGAAAAUAGUAUGCGAUGUUGAUGAGGAAAGAAAAACACUAGAAAGACAGGCAGAAGAAUUGGCAGCUUCGUCUGAUGAUGAAAGUCAGGAGAAGCUGUUAGAUAUCUACGAUCGCUUGGAUGAAAUGGAUGCCGAUAAAGCAGAAGUGAGAGCUGCUGAAAUAUUGCAUGGACUUGGUUUUACUAGACAAAUGAUGCUCAAGAAAUGCAAAGAUUUUUCAGGUGGUUGGAGAAUGCGUAUUGCGUUAGCUCGUGCAUUAUAUUUAAAACCGUCACUUUUAUUGUUGGACGAGCCUACUAAUCAUCUUGAUUUGGAAGCUUGUGUAUGGCUUGAAAGAGAACUUGCAACAUACAAAAGAACUUUGUUGAUUGUCUCCCAUUCUCAAGAUUUCAUGAAUGGUGUAUGCACUAAUAUUAUUCAUUUAUUCCAGAAAAAAUUGGACUAUUAUAAAGGAAAUUAUGAUACAUAUAUUCAAACAAGAGCUGAAUUGCUUGAAAACCAAAUGAAACGUUACAAAUGGGAGCAAGAUCAACUGCAGCAUAUGAAGGAUUAUAUAGCUAGAUUUGGACACGGUAGUGCUAAACUUGCUCGUCAAGCUCAGAGUAAAGAAAAGACAAUGGCGAAGAUGGUAGCUGCUGGAUUAACGGAAAGAAUCGUUACUGAAAAGGUGAAGCAGUUUUAUUUUUUUGAUCCUGGCACAAUUCCGCCUCCAGUCAUAAUGGUACAACGUGUGUCGUUUCAAUAUGAUGAUAAAGGACCAUUGAUCUACAAAGAUCUUGAUUUUGGAAUAGAUCUUGAUACUCGUAUCGCGUUGGUCGGACCAAACGGAGCAGGGAAAUCGACAUUGCUGAAACUGAUUUCAGGAAAUGUAAUGCCAUCAAAUGGCCUUGUAAGGCGUCAUUCUCAUUGCAAAAUUGGACGGUAUCAUCAGCAUCUGCAUGAAGAGUUGCCACUAGAAAAAACGGCAUUAGAAUUUAUGAUGACAUCUUUUCCUGAUGUCAAAGAAAAAGAAGAAAUGAGGAAAAUCAUAGGGCGUUAUGGAUUAACUGGAAGAGAGCAAAUUUGUCCUAUGAAGCAAUUGUCUGAUGGACAACGCUGUCGAGUAUCCUUUGCUUGGUUGGCUUGGCAACAACCUCAUUUGUUGCUGCUUGAUGAGCCUACCAAUCAUUUAGAUCUAGAAAGUAUUGACGCUUUAGCUGAAGCGAUAAACUGUUUCAAGGGAGGAAUGGUUCUUGUUUCUCAUGACUUCCGUUUGGUUCAUCAAGUAGCCGAAGAAAUAUGGGUAUGUGACAAGCAAACAGUAACAAAAUGGGAUGGCGAUAUUUUCACUUAUAAAAAUCAUUUACGUAAAGCAAUUGACAGAAUUGGUUUUGAAGUUGUUGAAAGAUAG